UCAAACAUGAACAGAAAUGUCUGACGGAAAUAGCCGAGAAUUGGCGAUUCUAGAGAAUCAGUAGACUCGCAGUCGCAGUGUGUGAUAAGGGAGGGAAGAAGAAAACAACAAAUGUUAGAUACAGAUGUUAGGAUGACCGAUAACAUCAGUUACAGAACCAUCGCAAAUAUUUUCAUAGGAAGUUUUUUAUAUGUUAAUGCCAAUAUCACUAGUGAGGCAAGCCUGGAUUUUAUGAUUCCUGAUCUUCUAAAGUUAGAAUGUCAAGCACAAUGAAGCUAAUGCUCAGUUUGUUUUGUGUUAUGCUGGGGUGUUUGAACCUUGCCUGCUGUACCAGUGUAACUAUAUCAGCACCAGUGGGAGACAUCAAAGGUUCAUCAGUGCUACUCUGGUUUAAUGACAAGUCAUAUAGAGCUAUGACUUUCCUCGGGAUCCCUUAUGCAAAACCGGCCAAUGGAAACACAAGAUUUGCUAAGCCAAUGAAAGUCGCACAAUUCAAAACAACCUAUGACGCAACAGAAUCGAAGCCUGCAUGUGCACAAAACAUGAAGUGGAUGCCGGAAAUCAAAUCAGUUGGCGAAGACUGUUUAAAUUUAGAUAUUUUUGUACCACAUUAUAAUCAUGAAACAAAGCCGAAAGCGGUUAUGAUUUUUGUGCACGGUGGAAGCUUUCAGUACGCAUCUAAGGACCUUUUUAGGUCCGAAGCAUUUGCCGCUGUCAAUGACGUUAUUUACAUUACGAUAAAUUACAGACUGUCAGCGUUCGGAUUUUUGGCGAGUAAAAGAUUUGGACUUAAGGGAAAUUAUGGACUAUGGGAUCAACACAUGGCAAUUCAAUGGGUACAUGAAAAUAUCGCAGCGUUUGGAGGUGAUCCUAAACGAGUGACUCUGUUUGGAGAGUCGGCCGGUGCGGUAUCUGUAAUGUAUCAAGCUAUGUACGAUGGAAAUAAAGGUAUGAUUAAUAGAAUAAUAGCUCAAAGCGGCUCUAUAGGGUCAUACUGGACAUAUAGGGAAAACCCAGACGAGGCAUUUGACGAGCUUGUACAAAGAAGCAAUUGUAAAAAGGACACAUUGCCAGACAUUUUACGAUGUCUUCGAAAUAUUGAUGCAUCAAGUUUGCAAGAACUGUUUUCAUAUGAAACAUUGUUUCUUCCAGUUACUGAUGGUGAAUUUAUUAAGUAUAAUCCUUUCAAGUUGUAUGACAAUACUACAAAAGAGUCUGCAGAUGCACUGCGUAAUUUUUCUGAAAUGGACGUCAUUAUGGGAAUGAACAGCGACGAAGGACUGCUUGAUUUUGAAAUUCUUGUGAAUCUUUUAGGAAAGAAUAUUAAAGAGAUUUCAGAUGGUGUGACAGCAGCCGAGUUUGAAAACUACAUACGUAGACAAAUAAAAUAUGUCAACUUCACUGAUGACGACAUCAUUGUUAAAUCUCUGAUUCACCAAUAUACCAACUGGAGUGACCCAAAUGAUCGAUUUUCUAGGCGGUCGUUACUUCUUGACCUUCUGAAGGACGUAAGUUAUACCCCAGCAGUUGUACAAGUACUGAACUCCCAUUGUAAAUUUGAUGGCAAAGGUAAGAUUUACAUGUACCAGUUUCAUCAUAGGCCAAGUUUCUCGAUGUCACCGGACUGGAUAAAAGGUGCUAAUCACGAGGAAGAAUUGCCCUUUGUCCUUCCAGGAAUCAAACUAUUUGGAGAUAUUCAAUUGUCUAGUGAUGAAAUACAGCUUUCAGAGAACAUAAUGGAGUUUUGGACACAGUUUGCAAAAACUGGAAACCCAAAUAAUGACCACAACAUGCUUGGUGAGUGGCCACAAUAUACAUUAGAAAACCAAUCGUACAUCGUGCUGGACAUAGACCAGAAACCGUUUACUACAGGGUCGUAUUUCCGGCCUGGAUUUGUAAACUUUUGGACAAAUGUGUUUCCAAAGCUGGACGAAGCAGUGACGUCAGCAAAAGCUGCAUGUGAAGUAAAUACAGGCACACCGUUACAUUCUAAAUUGACUCAUUGGCGUUCUAUCUAUAUAGUCUGGGUUAUUUUGUUCCUUAAAAUCAUCAAUUUUACUUAAAAAGA